AUGAGCGAUGUGCCGACGCCACUACCCCCUUCAAGCGGUCUAGCCAGUAAUACAAACUCAAGGUCUGCAAGUGCCCCAUGGUCUCACGUUGGUCACCACCGCACUAGAAUCUCUCCGGAAGCAACAUUUGACGAGCAGGACUCGCAGAUCAAACACGAGCUGCUAGCGCUCAUCACUCAGUACUUGCAGCAGGAAGGUUAUACCAUGUCCAGCGCAACGAUACAGGAUGAAUCGAAUGUCAAGUAUCAUGGAAGAAUGCAGGAGCGAGAUGCGUUGCGUCGCCUGAGUCUUGCUAUUAUGGAUGGGGAUUGGGAUCUUGUGGCCAAGCUGUUGGGAAAGCACCUUAAGAAGUUUCACGCUGCCCACCAAGGGUUUCUGUACGCCGUCUGUAAGCAGGAAUAUCUUGAAUUAAUUGAUCGACAGGAGUACCAAAAGGCGUUUACUUUCCUCACGACACAUUUGAAACCGCUUGAGAAGGUUGCUGUUGCGACGAGUUCCAGUCGCCAUGAAUUUAAAGAGCUUUGCUACCUGCUCACUUGCAAGGCUGUCGGUGAGUCUGAUGGAUUUCGAGACUGGGAGGGAGUCGUGAGGUCGAGAGAAAAGCUUGUCGAGCAGCUGAGAGCUACUUUUGCUUUGGAAGAGGUCAUUUCCCCCCAACAGGAUGGAGAUACGACUUUGACGGCUCCACAAAUGGCCAUGCCGGACAACCGACUGAUGCAGUUGCUGCAUCAAAGUGUGGCGUAUCAAAUGGAAUUCAGUCGAUAUCAUCCCAAGACAAUCCCUAAAGUUACGACAUUGUUGAGAGAUUUUGAAUGUGAUGUGCUGCCAAACGCGGUAAAAUGUACGUAUAUAGGUCACUCGCAAAACGUAAAGUUUGUCACGUUUGUGGGCACGGAUGGCGAGCUGUUAGCUUCAGGAUCUAGUGACGGCACGAUUAAGCUUUGGCCUACUGAAGUGUUGGGAUUCAAAAAGGAGAGCGGGGACGAACAAAUGGAAGAAUCGACGGGCACAAUUUGCCGACAGUGGACGCGUGAUUUGCUUGGACACUCUUCAAGAAUCUGGUACCUUUCUGCAAGUCCAUCGGGUGAACGUCUCUACUCAGGAUCUGGUGACGGCACGGUGAAGGUUUGGGACUUGCGCACAGCCUUAGAUGAGCGUGUUGCGACCCAGCAGGCUCUGGAAGAAGACGCUGAUGGUUUCAUUGGUCUUUGCGAAGCUGAUGCUACGAGUUCCGCUGUCGAAGCUGCAGCGUCUGCCUCGACCGUGGAACUCGUAGCAUCAGCUACAUAUAAUGGUACUUCGACGAUUGCUGCUUCGAGCUCCUUGCCACACAAUCUUUCAGUUACUUCCGCCGAGUGCUUAGCUACGCUCAUCAGUCCAAAUGGAGGCGAUGUGUAUACUGUAAACUUGCACCCGAGCGAGACACAUUUGGUGACAGGAGGCUACGAUCAGAGUGUGCGGUUAUGGGACAUUUCCACCGGUGCAGUUGUCAAGGCUUUUCGUGGUCACUUCGCGUCUGUGUGCGAUGCCCAAUUUAAUAGACAUGCGAACUUUAUUGUAAGCGGGUCAAAAGAUGGCACCAUUCGGUUGUGGGAUAUCCUCAGUGGAUUGUGCGUUCAUACGUUGCGUCAGACACUUGGAGAAGUCACGUCUAUUGCAAUGGCAUUAAAUGGCUACACGUUGUUGAGUGGUUCGCGCAAUAAUAGCAACCGAUUGUGGGAUUUACGCAUGCUUAACUCUCCACGAGCUCAUCUGUCUACUGGGAUCAGAAGUGUGGCAUCAAGUGGUGGCUCAAGUGGAUCACUAAAUGGUUUUGCGAUAGGAGGUAAUGGAGGCAUUAUCAAUGGCUACGCUCCGGUCAGUGGAGUUGGAAUUUCGUUAGGUGCUGGCUAUGGAAGCAGUCACAGCCUGAGUGGAAGCAGUAGUGUCAGCGGAGGUAUCACCAGUUUUUCUGGGAGUCGCCAUGCAGAGCAGCGUCCACUGCAACGUUUCAAGGGACAUCAAAAUACUGCCAAAAAUAUCGUACGAGCAUCAUUCGGUCCACGUGACAGCUUUGUUUUAGGUGGUUCUGAGGACGGUUUUGUGUAUGUGUGGGAGGUGGCAACUGGCAAAUUACUGGAACGGCUCUCUGGCCACCGUGGUGUGACGUAUAAUGCUCGCUGGCACGAGAAACAGGCAUUGCUUGCUUCGAGUUCACAUGACGGCACUGUAAAGACCUGGUGGUGGCAAGAUAAGGCUUAUCCCUAG